AGAAGAGUUCGACAGACCGGUCUCUAAUGGCUGAACAACAACAACUAUUAACGAGCGAGAAACUUUCCCAAACUUACACAGAGACAAAAGAAAGUUGGAAAUAGCGAAUCGUUUUGGCUGUAUAUCAGUUUUAUACCCGUUCGUCUUUUCUUCUUUUAAUUACAAAUGUGGAAUUACUGAUGGAUCCGAGAUAUGACAUCCCGCGGAGGGCCGCCGGCGGCGGGGGCUCCGCGAACUCGUCCCCCGCUCUUGGGGCUCAGUCGCGCCGCAGGAAGAUGCCACCCAGACCCGCUGAUUUUAAACUUCAAAUUAUCAUUAUUGGCUCCCGUGGUGUUGGUAAAACCAGCCUAAUGGAGAGAUAUACCGACGACACUUUCUGCGAAGCUUGCAAGUCGACCGUAGGAGUUGACUUCAAAAUCAAGACAGUUGAGCUGAGAGGGAGGAAGAUUAGACUACAGAUAUGGGACACUGCUGGCCAGGAGAGGUUCAACAGCAUCACAUCAGCCUACUACAGAGGUGCCAAGGGAAUCGUGCUAGUGUAUGAUAUCACGAAGCAGGAGACCUUCGACGACCUUCCCAAAUGGAUGAAAAUGAUAGACAAGUACGCCUCAGAGGAAGCAGAGCUUCUCCUGGUCGGGAACAAGCUGGACUGUGAGACUGAUCGCAUCAUCUCCAGACAGCAGGGAGAGAGGUUCGCCUCUCGAAUAAGUGGUAUGCGCUUCUGCGAAGCUAGUGCCAAGGAUAAUUUUAAUGUGGAUGAGAUCUUCCUGAAGCUUGUGGAUGACAUCCUCAGCAAGAUGCCUCUGGAAAUUCCCAACAAGGAGCUUUCCAACAGUGUCCUGUCUCUGCAGCCUGAACCGGAAGUGCCUCCGGAGUUGCCCCCUCCCCGCAUGCGCUGUUGCUGAGAGUCAAGAGUGGUCCCCCACCAUCCUACACACACACACACAUACACAUACACAUACUCAGCUCACACAUGCAAAGUACCAAUCUGGCCACCAGGGGGCAGCACACAGCAGCAGUUUGGGAAUUGUUGAUUGCUGCUGUAAGAUGCACAGACUCUUAACAAGCAGUAUUAUGACAUACACCCCUGUUUCCUCUCCUGUUUUUGUAACUGUACACUAUGACAUGUACUACACUAACACUUAGGCCCGGUGAAUCACCCACUUCCUACCACCUGUCUGUCUUCACUUGACCCAGACUACCUCAUUCCUCGGACCGUUAGGCUAGCUGUGCCCGCCCCCCGCCCCCCCGCAGGUGCCUUUGAGGUAGAGAGCCCCUCUGGUAGCCGUUGCACAUUUACAAGGAGAGGGAUCACAGAGGGCCUUACAGCUUGUUAUCCUCUUUGUUUUGUUUGCAAAAAAAAAAAUAGUCAUCACACAAACUGUACACAAAGGUUGAUAUUGUCUCGAGUUGCCCCGACACUCUGUUAUCUCGGUAGGUUCUGGUUUACAGAAAAGGGAUAACAAUAUCUCACAUCUCAGCUUAGAUGGAAAUCUGGGUCUUGGUACAGUAGUUUUAUAUUCUCAUUAAUAGGUAGAAUUACCAAGUGAUAAGUGGACUUGAGGUAAAGAAAAGCACAUGAUUUUUCUUUUUAUUGAUAUGAUGUAAAUAUGGUGAUACAUGGUCGGGGGCGUGUUGCUGUAAUGACUGGACAUGGUGCAGAUUUUUUUUUUUUUUUUUUUUUUUUUUUUUUUUUUGGCCAGCUGUAGGUGGUUGUGGGGUGGUGAUCAUAUCAGUUUCUAUUCCUUUUGCCUUAAAGUAUUAAAAUGGCUGGAACGGCUCAUUUCACCUUUGUAAAAAAAGAAAAAAAAAAUUGUAAUGUUUUGCACUACAAUCCAUCUUACCUAGUUAAACUGACAUGCUGAACUGUAGAGGGAGGCAGCAGGAAAAAGAAAGUACUCGACUUGUAGUUUAGCACUAAUAAAGAUCAAUGUUGCCUCCGUAGUGGCCGCUCUGAUUUCUUCCACACCCUGUUGAAUGGAAAGGCAAGGGGAGAUGGGUAAUGUAGUCUUUUGAGGGAUUGGUGUUUUUUUUUUUUUUCACAGGGGCAUUCUCCAUGUGUGGAGCUAGUACACACAAACACAUGGAUGGAUUUUUUAGCUUUUGUUUUGCUUUUCUUACUAAUAUUGCAAGUGUUUUGUUGUUGUUUUCUUUGUUUUUUUUUUUCCUCUGGAUUCAGAUACAGCUUAGAGACGUCUGUGUGAGUCUCCCUUUCUCUGGGGGAGAGAAGUGCAGGAAGGUUUGUGUAGUAUUUGAAUGACUCAGGAAAUUUUAAUUGGCUCAUAUCUGCUCAUUUUGUCAGGCUUUUAUCGCAGACUUGAUUUGCCUAGAAUUUCAUAACGAAUUAAUAAAGCAACUGCUCGUAAAAAAUCCUGCUUCGAGGGGGAGUCCAAGGUUUUGUUUUUUUUUUUAUAGGAGGUUGGCAGUUUUGAAUUCAUGGUUUGGCAGUUUGUUACGGACCAGAACUUGCACAUUUAAAAAAAAAAAUUAAAAAAAAAUACUAGGCUAUGCAUGUUAAACCCUCCUGUGUUCAUAGACAUUAAUGAUCAUUUAAUUCUUCCGUCUUUUCUUGUGAAAUUAUUGCAAUUUUAGCAAUGUAGCACUGUGAGUGUGUCUGUUUUUUGUUUUUACAUGUUGAAGUAAAAAGCCCAAGUCUGAGGAUGAGGAUGGACGAGCCCAUUCAAAGGACCUGAUUUGAAAUGACUCUAAUUGACUUGCUAUUAAUUUUAUUUCAUGUUGACGUUUUAUGUCGAGGUCAAGCUUCUGUGGAUUUAAAAAAAAAAAAAACAGCACAUUGUGUUUGGAAAGUUUCAUACCAAAAUACGACAUUUAAAAAAAAAAAAAGUGCUCUAACAAAACAGUCACUGACAUUAAAGCACAUCUCGCAAUAAGGUUAUCAGCCAGCAAAAGACCUUUGCAUACAAAUUAUCUGCAGUUUUUGCAAUUUUAUCAUAUAUAUAAUAUGUGUUUUGAAAUGGCGAGUUGUGAAAAUGAGAAAACAUGAUUUUUUUUUUGUUUUUGUUUUUUUGUUUUGUUUUUUUUAGAAUGAAACCUUUUCAUUUGUCGCCUCUGACUUUUAGCAUUUGGCACUAACCCUGUGGUCUUUGUUUUAAUACCCAAGCCUUAUACUACUCAGUGUUUUAAAUAUACAUUUUAAAAAAAAAUGCUUUUAUUUGAAAUGUGUAUCAUUUAAGAAGGAAAACGCUACUUGGUAUAAAACCUGUUCUAAGUCUUUGAAAAAGUUUUGGCAUGUUUAAAGCGGAUUUGUGGUAUUUAUAACUUGUGGCAUUCUUGAACUAAUGAAAUGCAAUUAAAGAUAUCUAUAUUUAUUACCAGA